AUGCCACGCAAGAGACCGCCACAAAGCCCGACUGAGGCCGCAGAGAUGCAAAAUCUCUCCAAAAGACAAAAGAGCGAAGAGGAUAGUGAAGUCAAGAACAUCUUUGAACCAAGACCACUGAGCUCUAGAGCCGCAUCCAGAUCGUCUCUCACCAAAGAAGAAUGGACGCUUGGAUCACCGUUGCCGGCGUCCAUAAUCCCAUCACAGUUUCUACCUAGUUCUCAAUUCCGAACACAGGCAGUCGAGAAGCUAGAUGGAAAAAAGCAGUUCGCCGCACUCCAAGAAAACGACGGGUUACUAGCUGCAUACUUGGGAUUCAAUACGGUACAACAGCUGUAUUACUUUGUGUAUUUUGACGUGCCCAACACAUUGGCACAUUUACUUCGGAUACAUUACCCAGACUACCACUACCGGCAGCAGCAGAACACAGGCUAUACGAAUGUCAGUGGUAGCUUUCCUCUUGCUUCUCAAGUAUGGGAACAGUUUUGGACUCUUUUGCAAGGAAAUCUAAACUGGCUUAAAUUGGCACUUGAUGCAAUUCGCCCAGACCAGAUACUCGUUUCAUCCACACCAUUCCAGCAGAAGCUAGUAGAAGUUGGACACAACACCACCCUCAAAGACAUUGACCCAGUUUUAUCGAUUCUCGCUGCAUCGUACAAGUUAGCCAAGGCACAUCCCAAUCGCUUCUGUCAACAACAGCCUCAGAAUCCAACCGAGUAUGCUUGGGGUCUUCACCAUGAGGACUGGAUGCGGGCUUACGCUGUGAUUACUUUCACAUGUGACAACCAUGUUUGGCUUGCGUCUGGCCUCGAAACAAACACAAAUUUGGAAUUCUUUGGCCCAUUUAUGGCUCUCCAUGGACAAACGCAAAAGUCUAAGUCUUUUGGUUACAUAACAGAUGAGUUGCUGCGACUGGUGGAGACGCCCGAGAGAUUCAACAGGGUGACCGCAAUGCAGCAAGAUCAGGAAAUAUAUUUCCCCUUAUUCGAAUGCGGUAUAGUUGAGAUAGAGAAUUUAUCGCGGCUUGCAACAAAGGAUGAGAUUGAAUAUGCCAUCAGUACCCUCGGGCUCUUCCAAUCAAAGACUGCGGCUGAACGCGACCGCAUCAUGCAAGAUACUGAUGGCACAUGGUCUGAGAUCAUUACAGAAGCAGUCUGUGCAACACUUGGCACCAUUGUUCCUGGAACUGACUUGGACGAUCAAUUAAACUCUCUCCAAGUACCAACUAAAAUGCGGCGCUCUCCGAUUACGAAGAACGAGAGAGGAGCAUUGCGAGCGCUACUCAAGUCACGCGUGAAAGCAAAUGAGCAUAUCUCAUCCAAAAAUAAUAUCGAUACAGAAAGAUUGAGAAAGGCGAGGGCGCAGAUUGGAGAAGAUAUCUCAUCUAACCAAGAUUUGUCAAACAUUUGUAGCUUGAGAGGUAUUGACGUGAAUACUUUGUCGGUUAACCUAUACAAUUCACCGCCCAAAGCAAGAGCACCUCAUAUCAUAGACGCGAAUCGAUUGGCGGAGCUGUUGGGAGGGCCUCUUCGAACUGCCAUAUUACACAGCGAAUGUGGCACUGGGAAUACACCUGUGGCAUUGCUGGCUUUGAAAUUCUUGAUGGACGAAAGGAUUCAUCAAUUCCGCAACGGCAUGCUCCAUAUUGAAGAGGCUGAUCGAAUUUUUAAACCAAGCAUCGUGUUUGUUCAUUCAGAAGCAUUACGAUCGCAUUUUACAACGAUGAGGUCUUGCUGGAUGGAAAUAUUUCAAAUUUCACUGCUUUGUGAGGCCAGUGAAAGUUGGAUGAAUCCUGACGGGAAAACCAACGUAAUCGAUAAUAAUACGGAGCUCCAGAAGCAUAUUGACCGCUGGGUAGCAGAACAUAGGGAUCCUAAAACUGCACGAACGGUACUCUUGGCGUCAUAUGAAGCUGGGGUAAAGCUUAUGCUGGGUGCUGAAACUGGCCAGCCGCAGCUCAGCCAAGAGAUACAAGGCCAGGCGACUCGGGAACAUCGUGGCACUGGUAUGGCUCCAGACCAAAAGCUUCCAAAAGAUCUUGGUAAGAACAUCAACGAGAACGACCUUGAACAAGAUGUCACCCCCCAAACCUAUCGCGAGAAGAUUGUUAUACAGAACGACAUGUGGAAUGCGGUAAUUGUCGAUGAGUUUCAUUCUAUCGAUGAUGAGACAACUAGUCACCAUAGACUAGUAAAGCGGCUAGACCGAGAUGCUCUCUUUCUAGUGUCUUCAAACCUCCUGGGGAACCUGCAAGAUCUUUUGGGCUAUCUCAGACUCAUGUGGGACAUGGCUUGGCCGUUCAGCUACUCGAUAGAAUCAGAUUCGAUAUCAGAUACGACGAUUCAUAACCCAGAAACGUUCCCCAAUGGCGAUACUCCUCCAUACUUUGGAAUGGAAGUUGCUGGUCUCGCCAUUCGGACAAUUGAGCUUACAUCAACAGACUCAAACUCGAUUAGAAAAAGGCUUGGUAGCCAUAUUUCUGAGCUGCUGAAAUGCUCCGAAGAUUUGAAUGUUGAGACAGGAAAAGUUAAAGAGACGCUAGACAGUGCGAUCUGUCGCCAAUUAUCUCUGAUAUCGACUGAUGUCAACAAUAUAGCAUUGACUACUCCCACCAAGGGACUACUAAGCCUUAUGACGGCUUGUCAAGAAUGUUUAACCCCUUCCGUGCGGACGAAAAAAUCGGAAUUUAUAAACCGGUUAGCCAAAUUUGAUACGACCGGCGGCUUGGAGUGGCUGUUCUACCAUACCAGAGAACUGCAGAGGUACAGUUUUCCUAAAGACAGGCUAGGACAAGUGCGUUAUACAGCUUGGGACAGUCCCAAGUAUUGCCAUGUGCUGUUGAGAGCUCUUGAGGCCAAGGAGCGACAUGAGAAGCUACUGGUAUGCGUAAACAACCUAUUGACAUCACAGUGA